AUGAUACGACUGCGAAAUACCUUAUCCAUUGCCAAAACUACUUUGAGACGUCCCCAGCAGUCAAUCUUUUGGCGUCUGUUUCAUGCACAAUCUUUAUUUAUCAGAAGCUGUGACAGAGAGAAGCCAAUCCCCGGGCUACGACUAAGCUACUCAUCAAAAUCAAUAAUCUCACCCUCAAAAAAUACCAUAUACUUUGGCGAAGUAACUACUCGAUAUUAUUCCACUUUCAAUCAUUCAAAAGCACCAACAAAAGAGUUUUUGGGAAGCUUUCUUGAUCACGAAUAUAGCAAGGCAAACUCACUAAUAUUCGACGAAAAUGAGAGAAAUGAAUACCUAGCUAGUUUAAGCCAGUUGACACUGGCUCAAGUAACUCAAGCAGCUUCUUACUUUUCGAAGGUGGUCGAAGCAACCUUUGAAUUUCCAGAUAAAGGAUUCCAAUUUAUUAUUCAAUUUUUGAAAGCAUCACCAGAGACCGAGCCUUUACUCGAUUUGAAGAAGAAGGUAGUGAAAGAAAGAGAAAAGUUAUUGCUAUUGAUUUUGCAUACAGGUCAAUAUGAGGUUUACGAAAAUCUAAUUCUUCCAUUGACUCAAAGAUUUGUACCGAAUCACGAAUUGACAUUCUUGGACAAGACGAUGACUAUUUUGGAGUUACAGCGCUCUCCAGCUGGCCCAAUUCGCUUCAAUGAGCAAAAUGUAACGUCAGCCUUGCGGGGCGAUGGAAUGACAAUAGAAGAAAAAAGAGAUCUUUUGAAAAUCCUUGUAUUGAACUCAUUAGCAGUAGGUGAUACUUUUGAAUCCAGGAUGUCAUGUAUCGACACUUUUGUGAAAUAUGCGAAACUAAUUGAGGGUGAUGGCUGGUUCACCAGUGACAUAUCAUCCCAAUAUGACCAGGUCUUUCAGAAGAUCGGCAUUCCGUCAAGUGAGGAUGAAUUUGAUGACUAUUAUCAAAAAGUCGUUAAAAUCGUUGAAAAAUAUCAUGAUACAUCUGUUUCAUAUGACUUUUUAACUGGCAUUAUGCGAAAUCUUUCAAUGAGUGCGCCAUUCGUGACGUACCGCUUAUUUGAAUUCAAGUCAGCACAAUGGAGACAAAGAAAUCUAGCUAGGAAAUAUGUCUUAAACCACUUGGAUCUCGCAUAUGUUAUGAAAGCUUGUUUGAAACUUGACGAGAAUAAAAUUUACGAAAUCUAUUUGCAAAACGAAGAUCUUCAUGAUGAUGAAUCUCAGGAGGCCAUCUUUCUUGAUCUCUGUGUGCAGCACAAGGAUUGGAAAUCGUUACAAGACAGAUUUGAAAAUAUGUAUGGUAAGGGUAAUUUACCAGACACUGUUCAUUAUGGGAUCACUAUGCAAGCAUUGGAAUUUCUUGAAGCAGACAGUGAGUUGGAAAGGCUUUACGAACAAAUUUUGGAUCGAGGAUUGAUGAUGAAUGCAACGAUAUUUAUAGCCAGGAUGAAAGCAAAGAUACGGCAAAACAAUCAAACCGAAUUGAUGGCUAUUUUCGAGGACUAUAUUUUCUUGGUCUCUCAGGAGAAAGCAGAUAGAGAUGGUAUUACGCAGGCAUUCCCAUUUGUUUUGCAAAUCAAGUUGUUAGAAGGAGCUAAUGAACUGAUCCUUGAGACUCUUGAAAAAUAUCUCGUCAGAGAGAAAUCACAUCAACUUCUUAUUGUUUCUGGUGAAGCUCUAGGUAUCGUUGCUAGCCACUUUGCUCAAAAUUGUGCUCUAAAGGAUUUGGAUAGACUUUUUGAAAUGGCCAAGAAUUUUCAUAAAUGUGACCCUGAAUUUGCAAGUAGUUUGAUUCAAGCCUAUUCAACACUCGGGCAAUACGCGAAAGCAGAUGAUGUAGCAUAUCUUGCACAUGGUUUGUCAUCGCCUCCAUUCUCCAACUUGCAAGUAUAUUCUUCACAGUUGAAAAAUCACCUACUUUGGCGUCGUCAGGAUAAUUCGAGGCACAUUAGACGAUACAACGACAUCAAAGUCAACUUUAUCGUUUCCUUAGCCUUGCAGUCGGAGUUUUCCAUAUUUCAAUCUCAAGUCGGCGGACUAGAUCUUUUGAGCGCCAUAAUGGAUAGCUUACGGGAAAAUGCAAUAGAAUUGUCACGAAGUAAUUCACUCGGAUAUCUCAAAGGAAGAUCUGUGAAAACCUUACAAGGUCUUGUAAAGAGACAAAAGGCAUUCAAAAUCCGACUUGAUGAAAAAUUGUACAUACCGCUACUUAGGCAGAACUUGGUCUACCAAAGUUACAAGCCUUUGAAUGUGAUGAAAAUUUUUAAUGAAAUGAACCGGCAAAGGGUGUUGGUAAGUGCUGCAUCUUAUAUACAUGUGAUGAAGGCGAUGAGAGCUUUAGACAAACGAUACGACCGAAGCUAUAAGAACAGUAGAGAAAUGUUGGAGCAGAUGCUUCAGUUAUACGGCUUCGAUGCAGAGAAAACAAAAUCAAACCCAAAUCUUGAUUUUAAAAGGGACAGCGUUUUGAUUUGCGACAUUGUGAUAAAGUAUGUCGAGUCGGUUGGUCUCAAAAGGGGGAGUGACUUGUUUUCCCGGUUUGUUUUGUUUUGUGAAAAGGCUUUUGAUGGGAAAUUGCCGCUUGAUUUAAGAGCUAAGAUUGACUGCUUUUUGUCCGCUUGUUACAAGGAAGUCGAUAGCGCUGAAUAUGGAGAGUUUUUGAAGCAAAAAUUCAAAGUUUACCAAAAUAUACUUUGUGAAUUUGUUUUGGAUAUGGGAAACGAGGGCGGCCAUGUUAUUAUCCCUCAUGUUCUCAAUGAAGUAUUGAGUCAUUUUACAAUACAUCGGAUGAAAUAUCUUCUCAGCAAUAAUAAAUUCGACACCGAUCAAGAGGAGGACACACUUGAUGUUUUAGAGAUGGGACUUCGACCAAACAUAACUGAUUACAAUUAUGUUAUUUGCUACUUUUUGGAACAAACUCCAAAAGCACAUUUCUCCAAAUUAUUAAAGAUCAUAGAAGACAACUUGAUAACGGGUAACCUUUCACAACUUGAAUUGUACAAAGAAAAGAAGCUAUGUUACAAAAUGUGCAUGGUUUAUUUAUGUGACAUUUACGAUGAGCAGACAAUUGCUCAAAAUUACAAAAUCCUUUCAGACUAUUUCGGAAUCAAGUCUUUGAGCACGAUUCGGUCCCAGUUGAAGGAAAAUGGGAAUCUUAACCUUUUGAAAAGCUCCUCGGGUAGAUUAUUUAAUGUCAAAUUGGAUCCCUAUGGGUCACGUUCGAUGAACCAGUUUAAUUUCAUCGAGUACUUCAAUCCUGCACGUGAUGCAAGCGCCGAGCUUAGACUUUUAAAUGAAGCAUCGAGGUUAUUAGUUAAUAGUGUCCUGCAAUGUUGUCAGGGAAACAAGGAGGCGGAAACUGUACUAUGUACGACUUACCCCAAGAUCUACGCUUUCUACAAAUCAGAUCUCAGUUAUUAUACCAACUUGAGCGAAUUCAACGGUAAAGUCGAUUACCUAAAUUCGUCACAAGAUACAAGACUACGAAAGGCAAAAGACGUGUUGCGAAAGUUGUUGUUUAACCACAACAACACCAAAAUAUUUAUUCCAAGAACCCCCAAAUACCUGGAAAACGUCUACAAUACUUCCCAACUUGGACCACCCAACUGA